GUUCCGGCAUUAUUUCUCGGUAACGGUCGGUGUGUUCAAAUCCUUCGGUCGGAGCUACUUCAGGCCUGGGUACUGAACAAGCUAAGAAAGGAACUGAAGAGAGAGGGAAACAAAUAACAGAGGACGUGAGAAGGAGCCUGACAACGGAAUGACGGUGCUGCAGGAACCUGUUCAGGCUGCUGUGUGGCAAGCACUAAACCACUAUGCCUAUCGCGACGCAGCGUUCCUGGCAGAGCGGUUGUACGCUGAAGUUCAUUCGGAGGAGGCUCUGUUCCUGCUGGCCACCUGCUACUACCGCUCUGGGAAGGCCUACAAGGCCUACCGCCUCCUUAAAGGCCACAGCUGCACCACGCCACAAUGCAAAUACCUGUUAGCUAAGUGCUGUGUGGAUCUCAGCAAGCUAGCGGAGGGGGAGCAGAUCCUCACAGGGGGAGUCCUGAACAAACAGAAGAGCCAGGAAGACCUCGUCACAGAGUUCGGAGACUCGGCCUGUUUCACCCUGUCUCUGCUCGGACAGAUUUACUGCAAAACUGAUCGCCUUGCCCGGGGCUCAGAGUGCUACCAGAGGAGCCUAAGCCUCAAUCCCUUCCUCUGGUCCCCCUUCGAGUCCCUCUGUCAGAUAGGUGAGCGUCCAGACCCAGAGCAGAUCUUCAGACUGACUUCUCUCCAGAACUUCUGUGGAGGGAGUGGACCUCUUCCCCAGCCCCCUAUAAGCCCCGCCCACACGCCAUGCCACAACAUGCCGCAUCGCCCAGUGGACACAGUCCUGAUGGAGACGCCGCAGGACACCCUGGAGCUGAACCGACUGAAUCUGGAGUCGUCUAACUCUAAGUACUCGUCCAUGACGUCUGACUCCACAAUGUCCUACAUAGACUCGUCUGUCAUCUCCCCGGACGCGGGCCCUCUGGGUCCGGCUGGCUCCAUGCUCUCCAAGCAAACUCAGAACAAGCCCAGGAGUGGACGCUCUCUACUGGGGGGCCCCGCAGCACUCAGCCCACUCACACCCAGUUUUGGGAUCUUGCCCCUGGAACCCAGCCCGGGAGACCCCUCGUACCUUCAGAACUACAGUCAUAGUGGCUCAGGGAUGGAACCACCUCCACCUGGAGCGCCACAGAAGAAGUCUGUGGCUCGUAUCUCCCAAGCAGGGACCAAGUCUGUGUUCUCCCAGAGUGGUAACAGCAGAGAAGUGCUCCCUAUCCCCUUCAACCAAACCCAGAGCACUGCCCCUCAGACCAGUACGACACCUCAAGUGCUGAGCCCCACCAUCGCUGCCCCCCCCAACGUGCAGCCCAGGCGGAGCUCACGGCUCUUCACCAGUGCCAGUUCCACUGCCAAGGAGAACAGCAAGAAGCUGAAGAUGAAGUUCCCCACUAAGAUCCCCAACAGGAAGACCAAGUCGAAGACGGGCAAGGCCGGCAUCACGCCCUCCAACCUCAACGAGAGCAUCGAGAUUCUCAAGCUUGACUUAUCAAUGACGGAUGGCAAAGGCAGCCUGGGGUCGCCCCAGUUCCAGGCUUUCAGCCUGCAAAAGGCUGCUGCAGACGGCCUGAUGACUCUGAUGCGGGAUAUAGGCCGUGGCUACUUGGCCCUGUGUGCUUACAACUGCAAGGAGGCCAUUAGCAUCCUGAGCCAGCUGCCCUCACACCAUUACAACACUGGCUGGGUACUGGGCCAGAUCGGCAGGGCCCACUUUGAACUGGCAGAGUACAUGCAGGCGGAGCGGAUCUUCUCGGAGGUGCGUCGCAUCGAGAGCUACCGUGUGGAGGGUAUGGAGAUCUACUCCACCACGCUGUGGCACCUGCAGAAGGACGUGGCACUCUCUGCCCUCUCCAAAGACCUCACGGAUAUGGACAAGAACUCACCUGAGGCGUGGUGCGUUGCAGGGAACUGUUUCAGCCUGCAGAGGGAGCAUGACAUUGCCAUAAAGUUUUUCCAGCGUGCCAUCCAGGUGGACCCUGGUUUCGCCUACGCCUACACCCUGCUGGGGCACGAGUUUGUCCUGACGGAGGAGCUGGAGAAGGCCCUGGCGUGUUUCAGGAACGCCAUCCGCGUCAACACCCGCCACUACAACGCCUGGUAUGGGCUGGGAAUGAUCUACUACAAACAGGAGAAGUUCAAUCUAGCAGAGAUCCACUUCAAGAAGGCUCUGAGCAUCAACCCUCAGAGCUCUGUGCUGCUCUGUCACAUCGGAGUGGUGCAGCAUGCGCUGAAGAAGUCGGAUCAUGCCUUGGAGACCCUGAACAGGGCCAUCAACAUAGAUCCGAAGAAUCCUCUAUGCAAGUUCCACAGGGCCUCCAUCCUCUUUGCAAACGAGAAGUACAAGGCUGCUCUUCAAGAGCUUGAGGAACUUAAACAGAUCGUGCCCAAAGAGUCCCUUGUUUACUUUCUAAUAGGAAAGGUGUAUAAGAAGCUGGGCCAGACCCACCUGGCUCUCAUGAACUUCUCCUGGGCUAUGGACCUCGACCCCAAAGGAGCCAACAACCAGAUCAAAGAAGCCAUUGACAAGAGAUACCUGCCUGAUGACGAAGAGCCUGUGACUGAAGAUUACCCUUACGACUCAGCGGAAGUGGAGGAGUCCCAGGAAAGCAGCAUGACUGAUGCUGACGACACACAGCUGCACACAGCUGAGAGCGACGAGGUCCUGUAGCCCCUCCCCCCCAGCCCCCUGGACUGUAACCAUGCCAACCUGGAGCCACAUGACUCCGCUAUUUAGAAAAAGAGGAAGAAGAAGAAAAAGGAAAACGAACUGCUGCUAAUUCAGUACCUCUGAAUCUCUGUUUCGUCAUCAUCCGCUAUCUCCUGGUCCCCCCCCCCCCUUCCCUCGUCCUCUUCUACUCCCCAAGACCCAAACUUGCCCCAUCAUGCCUUAGCCCUCAUUGGCCUAUCACCAUCUAACCCCACUCCUGAAGCCUUAUCAGGCUGAUUUUGUUAUUGGUUUAGUCCUCUUCCCUCUUGUUUCUAAGUGCUGAUUGGCCCAUCAUUGGCAGACAUCACUUUGACUUCUCUGCCCCUGAAGAUAAAUAAAAGAGAAUCCUUGAUGGAAGUCCCUGUCUUAAAUGUUUAGUUUUUUAUGUUCUUUUUAUCAUCAUAACUCUGAAUAAACACUUGUGGAAUAGCCUGUA